AAAGUACCUGAGUGCAGCAGCCAGUUUGGACUGUAGAAACAGCAAAUGUAAUGGGUUUAACAUAUCACUAAAGCAUUGUUAUUAUGUAGUUAAACAGUGUUACUUACCUUUAACAUUGGAUACGUUUAUUUAUUUAUUUAAAAUGGGAAAGAAGAAGAGUUAACCAGGUCGCUCGUCGGGGCUGAAUUUCGUGCGUUUUUUUUUUUUUUUUUUGCUUUUUUCAACUUUGUGGAAAUAUGUAACUGUGACAAAUGAGAUUAUAACAUGGAGCAGUCGGCCACUCUCGACAUAGAGACAUUGAAGAUUACCCAGGAGCAGUUUAUCCUCGCGUCUCAGUCCCUGCACCUCCAGCGGCCCGGCUGUGAUGCCGUGUACCCGGUGGGACUGUACGGCUGGAGGAAGCGAGGCCUGUACUUCUUCCUGCUGCUACUCCUGGUCACCAUGAUCGUUAACCUGGCCCUCACGGUGUGGAUCAUGAAGGUCAUGAAUUUCUCUGUGGACGGGAUGGGGAACCUGCAGCUGAACCCGGACGGGAUUCACCUGGAGGGGAUCUCUGAGUUUGUCCUGCCUCUGUAUGUGAGCGAGAUCCAGUCCAGGAGGGACAGCAUGCUGGUCUUACAGUCAGAGAAGAAUGUAACGCUGAACGUCAGAAACGAACAAGGCCAGCUGACCGGUCAGCUCACAGUGGGACCUGAAGCUGUGGAGGCUCAGUGUCAGAGGCUGGAGGUAUGGAGUAAAGGUGGAGACAAACUGCUGUUCACUGCAGAUGAGGAGGAGGUCAUUAUGACAACUGAAAAGUUCACCGUCACAGGCUCAGAAGGUGCCGUGUUUGGACAUUCAGUCGAGACUCCUCUGAUCCAGGCGAGGGCCUCUGAGGACCUGAAGCUGGAGUCUCCAACGCGGACCCUGACCAUGGAGGCUCCCCGAGGGGUAGAAGUGAGCGCUGCCACAGGGCCGCUGAAGGUCAGCGGUCGAAAGGACCUCCAGCUGGAGUCCACAGAGGGAGAGAUACUUUUAGACGCUAACACCAUUCAGCUGGGCGGACUCCCGCUGGGCGUCUACACCGCGUCGCCCCAUCAGGUCUCCCAGCAAGAGGAAGUGUACGAGGUGUGCGUCUGCCCCAGCGGGAAGAUCUACCUUUCCCCCGCAGAGAGCAGCUCAACGUGCCAGGCAAUGAGCAACAUCUGCCUCUGGAGCUGACCAGGGACAACUUUGAACAUCUUUUCCUUUUUUUUAUUAUUAUUUUUUUUUCCAGAGGCACAGAGAUCAAGACCACUCAGGUGAAGCUCAAAGUCGUCAGUGUCUGAGCUCAGAUUAGUGCAGAAGGUUCAGAGUGCGCUGCCUGCAGUGGUCUGCUGGAGGUCAAGACUCCUGUACUGCUGACAGUGUUUGAUGAAGAGCAGAGCAGCACACGAACGGGAUGACUUUUUCUUUUUCUAGAGGACAUUCUUUUAUUUUUCUACUUUCAGCUCAUCAAAGACAACGUUCAGAAAAAUAGAUGGGGAAAAGGUCGAACUUGGGUGCCUGCAGCUUUAAACGGAGACCUCUAAUGGUUUGACAUUAAACCUGAAAGCAUCCAGAGAUGAAAGUUGAAGGUUUUUUAAGAACAGUGAGCACAAU